AUGGACAUGCUCAAGGUUAUGGGUAACCCCGCCGACUCCUACGUGUCCCUCGUGGCGCAGCAGAACGCCAACGCCGACAACACUGUCGACGACUCUUCCAAUUACGAAGAAUUUCUUCUUCAUGAAUUUCUCGAGAACGAUCCCACUCGGCUUUUCAAUGUGAUUGACAAUGAAGCCUCCUUUUUUGCCUCAUUCAACGUCCCGACCACAGGGGAGGAGAUGCGGGUGGCGGCGGAAUCCGCUCACCUCGACGCUCCUCCUGCCCUCUCUCCCAACCCUCAAGCCCUUUACAAUGGCGCUGUCCCAGCUGCGGCCACCACCGACGGCGAGUGGGUGGCGAACGCUCAUUCCGAAUUCGCACCGGCUGUCGAGACUGCCUCUGGCAAUGGCUUCGCCGCCAACGGAUUCCCCGACAAUGGCGCCUGCAUGGACCCCCGCUUCCUCCAGCCCACUCUCUCCCCUUCCCUCAUUCAUGGGAAGCAGCUCAGCACUAAGUCAUGGGGCCCCAUGCCUACCUUCGAAGCUUCUCCUGCCCAGAACUUCGGCUUCUCCUCCAGCGACGAGCAAGCCCAGCAGGCGUUCUUGGCAUCCGGCGGGAUCGACAACCCUGCCUUCCAAGCUAUGCUGCAGAUGCCCGUCACUGCCCUCGGGCCAGCCUUCAGCGCCGUGCCUGCAGUCCAGCCCGCACAGCCCACCGUCCCCUACGCCGUCGAGUCCACACAGCCCGCUGACGCCUACCCCGUCGAGCCUACCCAGUCCCAGAACAGCGGUACUGUCAACUCUUCCCCUGUCGUCGACCAAGCUACGUUCCUGCGAAUGAUUCUGGCCGGUACGGACGACAACCUCAAGCUCAAUGUCAUGGCAUCGCUUGUCGCACAGGGCAAUCCUAGCCCAGAGGUGGUUGGUCUCAUCAAAGCCCACUUUGAACCGUCCAAAAAUAACACCACCGCCUCUGCUGGCGCCGUACCGUCCUCUGUCCCCGAGACUCAACCCGUCUGCUCUUCUGCCUCUUCCUCGCAGAGCCAGAGUCUGUCUCCUCCAGAGAUCAUCCAGACUCCCAUCGCUACUCCUCCCAAGCCCAAGAGAGCCACCCCCAAGUCUAGCUCGAAGCGCAAGCGAGACUCCUCCGACGAGGGUGAGAAGAGGCCGAGCCCUGCUUCUCACUCCUUGCCCGAGAAAGAGGGCAAAAUGAUCAGGCAGGCCCAGCGAACUUGGACUGCAUGCUUGGAUUGCCAAAGACGCAGACAUCGUUGCGUAAAACUGGACGCCGACGACCGUACGGAAUCUUGCACUGAAUGCUAUCGGAAAGGUAUACCCUGCAUCAUGCCUUCCAAACCUCGCAUCCACCCUUCUGAGACGACGGCCGAGGCAAGAGCCGAAUAUAGAGCCCGCAAGCAGGCCCAGAAUGCUGAGAAGGCUGAGCGUGUGGCUGCCGGGGAGCCGGCCACUGCUCCCAAGAAGAGGAAGAACAAGAAGUUCAUGACCGUCUACAAGACUAUUCGACGCAAGGUGUCUGAUCCGCCUGAGGGUAGCAGUGGGAAAGGGAAGAGUCAAGAGGUUGAAGGCGCGAACUACACCCCCGAGUCGCGCCCCACCUCCGACGACUUUGCCGACUUCAGCUCCCUCCCCAACACUACCCCUGACUCGUACUGCCCCACCACCGAGUACACCAGUUUCAGCCCUAUUCCCGAUCUUCCCGACAUGCCCAUGACAGAGGAGGAGCGGAACACUGAUCUUGAUGAUCUCUUGGCGGCCUGCGCGAACUCUAGGGCAGAUCUUGAUGAACGAGGGUACUACCCGGGCGAAGCAGAGGCGGGGCCGAGCUCGAGUCCGGUGUCUGCUAUUGCUUACUACGACUCAGACCCUAUUGAAGAGCAGUACUCCACUGAAGACUCUUCCCCUAUCGAAGAUUCGGGAGAGAACUGGAAGACAUGGCUCGACGGAGGAGACGAUGAGGAUGAAAGCGAUGACUACUACCGCCUGUAG